AUGGACAGGAUCGGAUGGUCUUGCUCAGUCAUACCUAAAGGAAAUCACUUUACAGGUCAGUCAGGGAAAUUUAGACAAUAUCCUGCUGAUGCAGAUGAACCUAGCCCUGGAAUUGGCGAACCGGAAGACAUUGAACGUGCAACCAAAUCAAUGUUUGAUCUGGCAGAUUGGUCCCUAUUUCAUCCGGUGAUUGCCAGCUUCAUAUUUUUCUGUUUGUUGUUUGAUGGUCUGCAUGAGAACUUCCUCUUUAUUGGAGUCCCUCAGGAAUCCCACCUGAUCGCUCCCAUCAGUGGAAAGAACAAGACAAGGAUCCUCUACGGAACAAAUAUUAAGGGAAAGAUUCCACAGUUCCCAUCCUUGGAAUUGUCUUCAAUUAUUUGACAUGGUUGUGACCUUCCCAUUGGUGGUGUUACUGAAUCAAGUGUAAGGUUAGAUAUAACCCAGAAGUGCUUUAAAACACUAAUGGUUACUCGCCAGCAGUCUGCUUGUGGAGACCAGGCUAAUUUGCUUCUUAACUAUAGUACUGGCCCAGCUAUUGACUGGGUUAAUUCUCAACAGUGGGUCAGAUAAUUUGUAUUCACUAUUAUCAAUGGGAAAUUUGAAUCAGCAAAGACAUGCUGGAGCAAAUCAGACUUGUAGCUAGGAGAGGCCAGAUGAUGACCUAUUACACGACCU